GCUGUGAGGAACAGAGUCUUUAUUACACAUCACAUAUUCUGUAUUCUCUCUGAUUCACCGAGGAUGGACAAAGACAUGAGUCACAGGACUGAGAGGAUAAUAAAAAUCACCCUGGAGAUCAUCUACCUGCUGACUGGGCAGGAUUACACAGUAGUGAAGAAGACAUCCAAUGAGUGUGAGAUACUCAGCAGCCAUCCCCGUGUGUCAGGAGGACUGAGUAGAACCCAGAGCCCCAUCCCAGUGCCUCCACCUCACUCACUAAUACAUGAGAGACACAAUGACAAGAAGAUCCUGGAACUCACCAAUAAGAUCAUUCAGCUGCUGACUGGAGAGGAGGGGGAGUAUAUAGAGGAACACAGGUGUCUGUACAAGGACGUGAUGAUGGAGAAUCACCGGCCCCUCACAUCACUGGAUGGGCCCAGUAACAGAGAUACCCCAGAGAGAUGCCCCCGUCCUCUGUAUACCCAGGACUGUACAGAGGAGUAUCACAGGAUCCCACAGGAGGAUCAGAGAAUACAUACAGGUGAGAAACCAUAUUCCUGUUCUGAGUGUGGGAAAUGUUUUGCAUACAAAUCAACUCUUGAUGCACAUAAGAGAAGUCACACAGGUACAUCACCAUUCCCAUGUUCUGAGUGUGGGAAAUAUUUUGCACGGAAAUCACAACUUGUUACACAUCAGCAAAGUCACACAGGUGAGAGGCCAUUUCCAUGUUCUGAGUGUGGGAAAUGUUUUGCAUGGAAAUCACAACUUAUUACACAUCAGCGAAGUCACACAGGUGAGAAGCCAUUUCCAUGUUCUGAGUGUGGGAAAUGUUUUACCCAGAAAUCACAACUUAUUAAACAUCAGCGAAGUCACACAGGUGAAAGGCCAUUUCCAUGUCCUGAGUGUGGGAAAUGUUUUGCACAGAAAUCAGAUCUUGUUAGUCAUAACAGAAGUCACACAGGUGAGAAUCCAAUUUCUUGCUCUGAGUGCGGGAAAUGUUUUACACGGAAAUCACAACUUGUUACACAUCAGCGAAGUCACACAGGUGAAAGGCCAUUUCCAUGUCCUGAGUGCGGGAAAUGUUUUGCACAGAAAUCAGAUCUUGUUAGUCAUAACAGAAGUCACACAGGUGAGAAUCCAAUUUCUUGCUCUGAGUGUGGGAAAUGUUUUACACGGAAAUCACAACUUGUUAUACAUCACAGAAGUCACACAGGUGAGAAGCCAUUUUCUUGCUCUGAGUGUGGGAAAUGUUUUGCCCGGAAAUCACACCUUGUUAUACAUCGCAGAAGUCACACAGGUGCGAAGCCAUUUUCUUGCUCCGAGUGUGGGAAAUGUUUUACAAUGAAAUCACAUCUUGUUAGACAUCAGCAAAGUCACACAGGUGAGAAGCCAUUUCCAUGUUUUGAGUGUGGGAAAGGUUUUGCACGCAAAUCAGCUCUUUUUAUACAUCACAGAAGUCACACAGGUGAGAAGCCAUUUCCAUGUUCUGAGUGUGGGAAAGGUUUUGCACACAAAUCAGUUCUUGUUACACAUCACAGAAGUCACACAGGUGAGAAGCCAUUUUCAUGUUCUGAGUGUGGGAAAUGUUUUACACAGAAAUCACAACUUGUUACACACCAGAGAAGUCACACAGGUGAGAAGCCAUUUCCAUGUUCUAAGUGUGGGAAAUGUUUUGCACAGAAAUCACAACUUGUUACACACCAGAGAAGUCACACAGGUGAGAAGCCAUUUCCAUGUUCUAAGUGUGGGAAAUGUUUUGCACAGAAAUCACAACUUGUUACACACCAGAGAAGUCACACAGGUGAGAAGCCAUGUAGAAAAGUGCCUACAAUACCAUCACACCUUCCCGCCACAGAGGGACCAUUUCAGGGGGUACAAAUUGAUUACAUUCAGUUCCCAAAGUUCUUUGUCCGAGCAGUGGGAAGGACCAUUCCAGGUGCUGUUAACGACUCCGACAGCGAUGAGAGUCGGCAAAAGAUCCACCUGAGUACAAGCAUCACACUGCAAAAGAGCAAAAUGGUGAAACCGCAGCAAUCAGCUGCUGCUAAGCUGAAGAAAUACUCCCAGUCGUCUAAUCCUAUCUGUAAAGAGGUGACCCCUGACCGUGACUCCUCUCCUCCGCCUAAAUCUCUGCGUGGCUCGGCCGCCUUGGAUGCUUCUCCUGAUGCUGCCCUACAGAAGGUCCUGGAGGCUGUGGCAGCUAGCGAGGCUAGGCUGGCGUAUAAAAUUGGUCAGGUUCAAUCUGACCUGUCUAUUAUACAUCAUGACCUUCAGAGGGUCCGGGAACGUGUGGGUGAGGUGGAGGCCCGUACGUCCACCCUUGAGGACUCAGUGAAGCCGCUGGGGGCAAAGGUCACUACCAUUAUUGCCCAAAUAACGGGUGUACAACACAAACUGCUAGAUAUGGAGGGGCGUUUGAGGAGAUGUAAUGUGCGAUUCGUAGGUCUCCCGGAACGUGAGGAGGGACAGUCUCCUGAGAAAUUUGUGGAAAAAUGGCUCACUGACAGUUACGGAAUGGAAUCCUUCUCGCCCUUUUUCACCGUGGAAAGAGCUCAUAGAGUCCCCUUCCAUCCUCCUCCACCUGGGCCGCCUCCUCGUACCUUGAUAGCUAAACUCCUUAAUUACUGCGACAGAGAUGUUUUGCGACUGAAUUGUACUAAGAGCCCGCUGUUGUGGAAUGGCUCCCGCGUGCCGUAUUGCCUGAUUUUGGGGUGGAAGUCCAAAAGAAUAGGGCCCAAUUUACCCGUUAAGAGACGUCUUCAUGAGCUGAACAUAUCUUAUGCCAUGCUAUUCCCUUCUAAGUUGAGAAUUGUGGUGGAUGGAGGCACAGCUGAGUUCCUGGAUAAUCUGCAGAUAUUUCCGGAUAUUUAUCCUUGUUAUGAUUCCAGUACUUCUGACCAGAGGAGAUCUUACGACAAUGGCCAGGAUGGGGAUACCUCGGAGGAUGAGAACUCAUCGCACUCUGGGUCUGCAUACAGAGAUGAGGAUAAAGGUCUCAGCUCAGUGGACAAACCUGAGCUAAUUAGUGCUAUGAAGGCCUUUCUAUCCUUACAAGAAGCAGCAGAGCCUUUGUUAAAAUUCAAGGCACCUGUGUUUAAACGUCCCAAAACAGGACUGAAUUUCCUGGUUCAGAAACAGAAAAUUGAGAUCGACCAUACUCAUUCUCAAGAUGCUGAACAAGAUAUAGAGGAAGAAGAAGAGACGUAUGUGACUGAUAUAAAGGCAGAAGAUAUAGAGGGAGAAGAAGAGACGUAUGUGACUGAUAUGAAGGCAGAAGAUAUAGAGGGAGAAGAAGAGACGUAUGUGACUGAUAUGAAGGCAGAAGAUAUAGAGGGAGAAGAAGAGACGUAUGUGACUGAUAUAGAGACAGAAGAUACAGAGGGAGAAGAAGAGACGUAUGUGACUGAUAUAAAGGCAGAAGAUAUAGAGGAAGAAGAAGAGACGUAUGUGACUGAUAUAAAGGCAGAAGAUAUAGGGGGAGAAGAGACGUAUGUGACUGAUAUAAAGGCAGAAGAUCUAGAGGGAGAAGAAGAGACGUAUGUGACUGAUAUAAAGGCUGAAGAUCUAGAGGGAGAAGAAGAGACGUAUCUGAAGGGUGAUCAGCAGUGUAAGGAGGAGGAAAUCCCUACAGAUAUCAGCACAGCAGAUGGACACACAAGCAGGAAUAUCUCAGAAGGACAUCUAAUGUUAUCCCCGGAUUGUGACAUAAAAGAUAAUGACAGUAUACAGGAUUCUCCAGGAGAUAACCCCAUUACCCCAAUGAUACAUCCAGCUCUAUCAGCUGGUCCUUCUGAUCCUGGGAAGUGUUCUCCUGAUCACUCUGAUAUUGGUGCAUCUGUUACAGCUCUGACAGUAGAUACAGUGUUUCCCUGUUCUAUAGAUGCCAAAUGUUUUACACAGAACACAAAGCCUAUUAACCCACACACAGGUAAGGCAGGUGGAAGGCCACUGAUAUGUUCAGAGUGUGGGAAAUGUUUUACAUACAAAUCACAUCUUGUUAUACAUCAGAGAAGUCACACAGGUGAGAGGCCACUGACAUGUUCUGAGUGUGGGAAAUGUUUUACAUACAAAUCACAUCUUGUUAUACAUCAGAGAAGUCACACAGGUGAGAGGCCACUGACAUGUUCUGAGUGUGGGACAUGUUUUGCACGGAAAUCACAUCUUGUUAUGCAUCAGAGAAGUUACACAGGUGAGAAGCCGUUUCCAUGUUCUGAGUGUGGGAAAUGUUUUACACGCAAAUCAGAUCUUGUUAAACAUCAGCGAAGUCACACAGGUGAGAAGCCGUUUCCAUGUUCUGAGUGUGGGAAAUGUUUUGCACACAAACUAUAUCUUGUUAGACAUCAGAGGAGACACACAGGUGUGAAGCCAUUUUCUUGCUCUGAGUGUGGGAAAUGUUUUACACAGAAAUCACAACUUGUUACACAUCAGCAAAUUCACACAGGUGAGAAUCUGUUUUCUUGCUCUGAGUGUACGAAAUGUUUUACACGGAAAUCAGAUCUUAUUACACAUCAGCGAAGUCACACUGGUGAGCAGCCAUUUCCAUGUUCUGAGUGUGGGAAAUGUUUUGCAGACAAAUCAAAUCUUACUAAACAUGAAAGAAGUCACACAGGUGAGAAGACAUUUUCAUGCUCCGAGUGUGGGAAAUGUUUUACACGGAAAUCACAUCUUGUUACACAUCAGCAAAGUCACACAGGUGAGAAGCCAUUUCCAUGUUCUGAGUGUGGGAAAUGUUUUGCACACAAACCAGAUCUUGUUACACAUCAGAGAAAUCACACAGGUGAGAAGCAAUUUUCUUGCUCUGAGUGUGGGAAAUGUUGUUUAAGUAAAUCACAUCUUGUUACACAUCAGAGAAGUCACACAGGUGUGAAGCCAUUUUCUUGCUCUGAGUGUGGGAAAUGUUUUACACAGAAAUCACAACUUUUUACACAUCAGCGAAGUCACACAGGUGUGAAGCCAUUUUCUUGCUGUGAGUGUGGGAAAUGUUUUACACGGAAAUCAAAUCUGGUUAGACAUAACAGAAGUCACACAGGUGAGAAGCCAUUUUCUUGCUCUGAGUGUGGGAAAUGUUUUACACAGAAAUCACAUCUUGUUAUACAUCAGAGGAGUCACACAGGUAAGAAUCUGUUUUCUUGCUCUGAGUGUACGAAAUGUUUUACACGGAAAUCAGAUCUUAUUACACAUCAGCGAAGUCACACUGGUGAGAAGCCAUUUCCAUGUUCUGAGUGUGGGAAAUGUUUUGCAGACAAAUCAAAUCUUACUAAACAUGAAAGAAGUCACACAGGUGAGAAGACAUUUUCAUGCUCCGAGUGUGGGAAAUGUUUUACACGGAAAUCACAUCUUGUUUCCCAUCAGCAAAGUCACACAGGUGAGAAGCCAUUUCCAUGUUCUGAGUGUGGGAAAUGUUUUGCACACAAACCAGAUCUUGUUAGACAUCAGCAAAGUCACACAGGUGAGAAGCAAUUUUCUUGCUCUGAGUGUGGGAAAUGUUGUUUAAGUAAAUCAGAUCUUGUUAGACAUCAGAGAAGUCACACAGGUGAGAGGCCAUUUUCUUGCUCUGAGUGUGGGAAAUGUUUUGCAUGGAAAUCAGAUCUUGUUAAACAUCAGAGAAGUCACACAGGUGAGAGGCCAUUUCCAUGUUAUAAGUGUGGGAAAUGUUUUGCACGGAAAUCAGUUCUUGUUAUACAUCAGAGAAGUCACACAGGUGAGAAGCCAUUUCCAUGUUUUGAGUGUGGGAAAUGUUUUGCACAGAAAUCAGUUCUUGUUAUACAUCAGAGAAGUCACACAAGUGAGAAGCCAUUUCCAUGUUCUGAGUGCGGGAAAUGUUUUGCACACAAAUCAGAUCUGGUUAGACAUAACAGAAGUCACACAGGUGUGAAUACAUUUUCUUGCUCUGAGUGCGGGAAAUGUUUUGCACACAAAUCAGAUCUGGUUAGACAUAACAGAAGUCACACAGGUGAGAAGCCAUUUUCUUGCUCUGAGUGUGGGAAAUGUUUUGCAUGGAAAUCAGAUCUUGUUAAACAUCAGAGAAGUCACACAGGUGAGAGGCCAUUUCCAUGUUCUGAGUGUGGGAAAUAUUUUGCACGGAAAUCAGAUCUUAUUACACAUCAGAGAAGUCACACAGGUGAGAAGCCAUUUCCAUGUUUUGAGUGUGGGAAAUGUUUUGCACACAAAUCAGAUCUGGUUAGACAUAACAAGUCACACAGGUGUGAAGCCAUUUUCUUGCUCUGAGUGCGGGAAAUGUUUUACACAGAAAUCACAUCUUGUUACACAUCAGCGAAGUCACACAGGCAUUUCCAUACUCUGAGAAAUAAGCUUUUGUUGCACACAAUAGACCACUCAGGUGAGAAACCAUUUUGAUCUUCUUGAGUAUACUUAUCAUUGCCAUGUAAUGUUCCUCAAGAUUCUGUCCUAUCUCUUAUGCUUUUUGCAAUAUACAUGCAACAGGUCCUUCUGAUAGAAGCUCACCAACAAAGGGCAGGGCUACAGCUCAGCUUUGCAAACCAACCAGACUUAAGCUUGGAGGUUCAGAGUAACAAAAUGCUGAUCAUGUGCGGAAUCUUGGGGGUAAAUUUACUAAGAUGGGAGUUCUAUUUAAGAUGGGAUGUUGCCAAUAGCAACCAAUCAGAUUUCAGGUAUUAUCUUCUAUAAGGUGCUAGAUAAAUGAGAAGUAGAAUCUGAUUGGUUGCCAUGGGCAACAUCCCAUCUUAAAUAGAACUCCCAUCUUAGUAAAUUUCCCCCUUGGUGUCCUGGAUGGUGGAGUGAUACUUGGGGGGUAUUCAACUGUUUGAAAAGUUGGUUGGGGGUGUUUUUUCCGGU